AUGCCUUUGCCCCGUGCCCGCGCCGCUGCCGAUUUUCGCGUAUGGCUCGGCACCGUGUGGCCCGAUCUCAUCGCCAUGGCCAUUGUCGGCGCCGCAGCCCUUGCCAUCUACUAUGCGCCCAUCAAGUCCACACGCACGUUUCCCAUCACCUUUGACAGUUCUGGCGACAUUGUCUUUCCGCAAUACGCCUACCCGGACCGCGGCUGGCUGCUCGCCGCCCCGCAAGCCGGCGCGCUCUCCAUCGGCGGGCCCAUCCUCGUCUACCUCGUCGCCAACGCCCUCCGCCUGCGCUGCGUCUGGGACGCCGGCAACGCGACGCUCGGCACCGCCUGGGCCGCUCUCCUCGGCUCCCUGUGCCAGGUCGUGCUCAAGCAGCUCGUCGGCGGCUUUCGCCCCUACUUUCUCGCCGUCUGCAUGCCCGACCCCGCGCGCGCCGCUUUGCCCGGCCGCAACGCCACCGGUCUCGACGGCUCCGGCUUUCGCCGCCUCAUGUACACGACGGACAUUUGCGCGCAGCCCAACCCCCACGCGCUCAAAAACGCCACGACGGCGUUUCCCAGCGGCCACGCCACCGCUGCCUUUGCCGGCUGCGGUUUCCUCUUCCUCUGGACCGUGGCCAAGCUCAAGGUCUGGGCCGACCACCGCCCGGCGUUUUGGAAGCUGGUCCUCGCGCUGCUGCCGCUGCUCGCCGCCGCCACCAUGGCCGGCAUGCUGACCGUUGAUGCUGCGCACAGCUGGUACGAUAUUGCCGCGGGCGCCGUCAUCGGGUCCGUCUGCGCGCUGGCGUCGUACCGCGCGUCGUACGCGGCCGUUUGGGACUGGCGCUACAAUCACAUCCCGCUGCGACCGGGCCAGCCGUUUGCGUUUGAUGCCGAGGGGGAGGCGGAGCAUGUCGCGGGGACGAUUGCGCAGACGGCGGGAUGGGGCGCGGCGAGGAAGAGCUGGCUGCCAGAGGAGGAGGAGUCGGUGCCGAGCGGGAGUGGUGCGGUGGGCAGACGGGCAUAUGGCUGGCACCAAGGCGAUGACGUGCAUUCGCAGGGUACCCUGAUGAAUAGCGGCAUCUCUCAUACAGCAGUAAAUUCGGUAUAG